AUGGCUUCCCACCAUAUGCUGCUCGCAGUCCUUGUCAUUCUCGCCGCCGCCGUCGCUGUGCCACAGUCUGCCAUAGCUGCAGACUUUACUGUCGGCGACGACUCCGGUUGGCUCCCGAACUUCAACUACUCGUCAUGGACCCAAGGCAAGGAGUUCAGGGUUGGCGACAACCUCGUGUUCAAGUACAUGCAAGGGGCUCACAAUGUCAUGCAGGUCGGGGGACCAGACUUCAAGGCAUGCAAUACAUCAGCAGUAGCAAUCAACACCUUCACCAGCGGCAAUGAUUUGGUGGCUUUGGACACUCCUGGAAGGAGAUGGUACAUGUGUGGGUUUGGUGAUCACUGCACCAGGGGCCAGAAGCUCGUCGUCAAUAUUCUUCCAGCAGCCAUCAGCCCUGCUUCGCCUCCUGCCUCACCACCCUCUGGUCCUGCUCCACCACCUCCUUCUCCACCACCCCUCAGUCCUGCUUCUCCUCCUACCUCACCUCCCACACCACCCUUCGCUCCUGCUUCACCUCCUACCUCACCACCACCAUCGCCCUCCGCUCCCGCUACACCACCUCCUCCUCCUCCACCACCCCUCAGUCCUGCUUCUCCUCCUACCUCACCUCCCACACCACCAACACCCGUCGCUCCUGCUUCACCUCCUACCUCGCCACCACCAUCACCCUCCACUCCUGCUACACCACCUCCUCCGCCACCUGUCAGUCCUGCUCCAUCUCCCUCCACGUCUCGCGCGUCGGACAGAAUCACGGCACAAGCAUACCAGAUCCUGAUGGCGGCGACGGUGGCGGUGGCGAUGGCCAUUGCGGCAUGA